UUACGUAAAAGCACUCAAUUUCCGGCCCCGUGGAGGGAAACGUCAACGGACGCACAAGGUUUUCCAAUGCUUUGGCACUGCCGUGCACCCGGGCGAUUAGCGCACACACUGAGUUGCAGAUCGUCAACUCUGUUCUGUUGAGCGUCUUGUUGUUGUUAGUUCAACAUGCCUGGGUUGGACGAAAAAGACGAGGAACUCCUUCAGUCGGCCCUUGCGACUUCGUUCACGCGGCUCCCGGAACCUCCGCCUCCGCCUUCCUCAGAACCGGCGCCUGAGCGACUUUCUCCUCCAGAAGAAACUACCUCUACGAGUGCUGUUGUUUCACCGGCACAGCAGCAGCCGGAAGUUAGUACAGGCUUAGAAGAUUCAUGGCAGGAACAGUACAAUCGUCAAGUUGCUCAAUGGAGAGCGGAGUCUGCCAUUGCACGCGAAAAAGCAGAGAGGACUCGUGCUGAGUGGGAGGAACGAAGGAAAGCCGAAGCCGAGGAAGAGGCUGCUGUGAGUAAGAAAAAGGAAUCGACGUUGUCUGGGUGGGAGACUGUCAGUCCUGCCGAUGAAACGUUAUCGCAGAAGGUUGUGAAUGAGCAAGCGAAGCGACCCCUCGUUGCGGGUGUCAGUUCAGGAGGGGCCGUAGCUGCUACUUCCGAUACGGCAGAGGCUGUACAGAGGGUUGCUAUUGCGGAACACAUUCUUUCUGGGGAAGUGCCAAAGUCGGGACCCAAGGCCUCUUCGACUAGCAAAACUCAAGAUGAAUUCUCAGGGGCGUCUGAGGAAGAAGACGCUCACAUAUCUCGUAUUGGUACAUGGGAAGAAAUUCAUUCGCUCGCAUCUUCCUUCCCCUCCCUUCCAGAAAAUAUCUCACCGUCCACACAAGAUAAAAGUCUGAACCCCCCAGAUUCACCGGUGCAUCACCAUCACCACCAUCAUCACCGUCCUCACCGAGUGGAUGAGAGACACUCUCGGCAUCAUCAACACCACCCACACUCACCUCAAGCUGCCAGCCCGCCAACUGUGACUUCAGCUAUCUUCAAUUCAAACCUUCCGCCCCAAACUCGGGCACUCGCCCUAUUGUCUUCCAUAGCGAUCAACAUGUUCCUACCCUUCGUGAACGGCGUCAUGCUUGGAUUUGGGGAAAUCUUCGCCAGGAACGUCAUUGGGCCUUAUUUCGGAUGGAAACCUCCAGGGAAUGUUGGAAUACGAGCUGCUGCGGAACGUCGAAGAGGUCGCGAAACUAGAUGGUUUUCUUAAUUGAGGCCCCUUAUGCUUCUAGCCUGUGCUCGCUUAUAUUUUCGCUUCAUUGAAACUUGUUGGAUGACGGAUUUGGAGGCGAUACAGGAACUUUACAUUCGAAGUUAGAUGGAAUGGCAUGCCUACAAGAGAA